AUUCUUCACAAUCAUUUCCCCAGUUGCAAAGCUGAGCAGUAGGUGGCUUCAGGAAAGGCAGCAGAGUUGACUUCUACCAACAUGAGGGCAGCUGGAAUUCUUGUCCUCUGUCUCUUCUCCUCCAUCCUGUCAACAGUGACAUCUCUGAAAUGUCAGACGUGUUUUUCCCCUGUGAAUGACUGUGAAGGAGAUAAUGUGAAAGUGGAGGAGUGCAAAGAAGAUGAAGAAUUCUGUUAUACUCAAGUUUAUAAUACUACUAUAACCAAUGGUUCAAUGAGUUUGAUUAUGAAGGAAUGCUCAAAACGUGAGCUGUGUUAUGAGGGCUUCUUCAGUACCACAAUCAUAGAGGGUAGAUUUGAAAUAGCCAGAGGUAACUGUUGCCAGACUGAUCUCUGUAAUGCAGAACCGCUUCCAAAGUUGGAAAAAUAUGAAGAGUUUCAACCAAAUGGGUUACUGUGCCCAGGCUGCUUUGCACAAGAUGAGGAUUCUUGUGAAGCCAAUCAAUCUGUACCCUGCGUUGGCCAAGAGGAUCAGUGUGUUAACCUUUCUUUUAUCAUUGAGUCUUAUGAUCAUUCCACUGAAAAGCUCACUUACCAAGGAUGUACGACAAAGAAUUCAUGUUCCUUCCCUCUAGGAGCAUUUGAGAUAGCCAGUGGGCUGAUUCAGUUCAAUGUCACCACCCUGGAAUGCAGAAAUGCAGCUUCUUCUGAACCUGACCAUCAGUGAGCGUUGGGAAGAGGCGAGCCUUCUUUGCAAUUAUUGUAAAAAUUUGUAAAAGAUGAGAAAGUUGGAGCUUUAAUAGUGAAUUAAGUAGAAUUUGGAAUCAAAGAU